AUGUCCGUUGGUUUGGCUCCGCAUACGUCGAACGUGGAGUAUUUUGGCCCCGCGAGCAACUUCAGUUUUGUUAACCAGCUGAACCAUUACUUACGACAACUGGCAAUUCUGGACCUCAACACUUCUGAGGUAGAGCUUGUUGAUGAGCGCCAGGGCCUCGAGCGUUACGGAAUGAAGAUGAUGCAACUCCAGGACCACACCUCCAGCCGGGUCUUUGGAGUUUGCGAUAUCUCGCUGGCCAAAGCCGUGGAUCUUGUAGAAGGCUACUUUGAGACAUGGCAUGUGCCAAUUCCUCUUUUCAAGACUGAAAACGUCAUGAAAGAGCUGCGCGAAGUGUGGUUUGCUGCUUAUGAGGGAAAAACUGUAGACAAGGCUUUGCUUGCAAAAGUAUGUCUCUUACUCUCGAUAGGCUCCGGAGCCACGCGGUUUGACUCUGAGUCCCCUGAUGACUGUCCAGGACUCGCUCGCGACUUCUACCACCUUGCACGUGAAUACAUGCCUAAAGGUGUUUCUGAAGUGAGCUACUCAGCUGCAGUUUUGUUGCUGUUGAUGUCAUUGGCAGAGGCGAACCUUGGCGACACUUCACUUUCAUAUGUCCAUAGCGGCACCGCGGUGCGCACCGCGAUCGUCGUUGGACUGCACAAAAUUGACAUUUCCAAACAGCCAACUGAGGCCAACAAGGAGUGCCAUCGAGCUUGGUGCUCGAUCUCGCAAUGGGACAAAUACUGGAGUUUUUGCGUUGGAAAGCCUCCAUCAGGACUCGAAGAUUAUCCUUCCGGACAGAUGUAUGGCCCCGCAUUUGCGUGUGAGAAGGAAUGGCCUGAAAACCCGUUUCCUAUCCACUAUGAACACAUGCGCAUGCGGGUGUUCUUUGGCGGAAUCUGCUCGCGGGUUUACUCCGAGCUUUAUGACAAAAACAAGGAUUUACUGUCGGUGUUCACAUGUGUUGAGAUGCUAUCCAAAAAAGUUGAUAACGAGUAUUUCGGCACAGCAGAGCCAUACAUGUGUGCCUCUGAUGUCUCAAAAGCAGCUGACAACCCAAUUUACCGGAACCGAGAAUGGUUCUGGAUUCGCAUUUACUAUUUGUAUUUGAAGCUGGUUAUCUUCCGACCAUUCCUGGUCUUCUGUGCUUAUCUCAAACUGUCCUCUACGGAGACGACCUCGGAGAUCCAGCAGCUAUUGACGUCAGGAUCGGAGAGCAGUGUCAAGGUGGCCAUAACGCUCGCGCGUUUUGUUAUCGACCUCAACCGUGCUGUGCCGAUGCGGCAGCCGAUUCUCUUCAUUUGCACAUACCUCGAGAGUGCAUGCACGGUACUGCUUUUUUACGUGGUGAGCCAUCUCAAGGAGCUCACUGAGGAGAUGUCUCACGAGAUCUGGACAAUUCUCAACGAUACGUGCCAAUUUCUUAGAGGCGCAAAUGGACCAAACGUUGGUUCUACAAAGCUAAUCGCUAAUGACGCAAUCAAGUCAUUGCAGAACAUUUUGCUAACAAAACAGUCCACAGGAACUACCUUUUUUGAUAGGCUGAUGCAACCACUGUUCAACCGCAAUGCUGCGGACUCGCCCCUUGGGGCAGUCGUUUCGCCCAAUGUAGUUGUUUCGGACACCAAACAACCAAACGAUUUCUUUGGACUGAGUACCACCACGCCGCAGGACAGCUGCGAUGAGACUGAAUCGCCGCGUUCUGUGAAGGCGCCCCCCAGCGAUUCGCUUGAAGUGUUUUGGCAACAGACCUUGGACUGGAUGUCAUAUCCCUGA